AUGAACGCAACUGAGAAGUUUAACCUUCCCGUUGAUGGCAUCCUCGACAUGUUCAACUCUUUCACCGGGCACCGACAGUCACCCAUCAGUGCGCACGCAGCUCUCCAAAGCACAGCUCUCACUCCUCUGUUCCAGCACCCCAAAGUCUCCAGUAUUCCCAAAACUGGCAUGGGCAUCAUCAAAACGGUUAAAGGGUGCUGGAGACGACCGAAUGGGAGAGUGACACGUCGGUCCUCAAGUUCCGGCAAUCCGCACACUGUAUCAACUGAUCGACCCUCCAAAAAGUCAUUGGAGCAGCCGGAGAUGCGUCUGUCCAAGCCCAGCAACCGCCACAGGGUGGUGGUGCUGGGGGCGCGCAGAGUCGGUAAAAGUAACAUACUCCGGCGGUUCCUGGGUGAAGACUAUGAAGAGCACUAUGAGCCCACAGUCGAGGAUUUCUACACAAAGCUGUUCCUCAUAGGAGGGAAGGCAUACCAGAUUGAUCUCCUGGAUGCAGCAGGUGAAAGGGAGUUCCCUGCAAAGCGGAGAUUGUCCAUACUGACAGGGGACAUUUUUCUAGUCGUCUUCAGUUUGGAUGACAGGGAGUCUUUGAAUGAAGCGCUCGUGCUUCUCGACGAGAUCAAAGCUGCGAAAGCCAAGUUACUGAAAUGCGCGCACCCUGCGGUGCCGGUGGUGGUGUGCGGGAAUAAAGCGGACCUGGGCGCGCACAAAGUCCAGGUGGGACGGUCAGAAGUGGGACAAAUCCUCGGCGAGGACGUCCCAUUCUUCGAAACCUCUGCCAAAAGCGGCAGCGGGCUGGAAGGUGUGUUCAAAGCUCUGGCGACUUUAGGCGGACUGCCAGUGGAGACGUGCCCGUCUCGGCACCAGGUCGUGCCCAUCCGCACCUACCGGUCUCUCCGGGGGGGCAGGAGGGGCCGGAGGGGGACACAUGGAGCCCAGGCCGCCAUGGACCCUCUGGCACAGCGCCCCAGCUUCACCAGCGACCUGCAGAUGGUGCUUGGAUCAAGCAUCAAACACAAGAAACCCGAGAAGUGUCAGAUUCAAUGA